GGGGUGUUUAUCUCCCACAGGCAGCUGAGCUGCCUGCCUUUUCAUGAGCAGAGCAGUGGAAUGCGGUGGAAGAGACCCAGACCUCCGGCCACCCAGAUUAGAGAGUUUUGUGCUGAGGUCCCUAUAUGGUUGUGUUAGACUGAACGGAGGGCUGAAGCCUGUCUUUGUUCCUUGUUUGGGAAGCAAGUGGGAGGGGAGCAGACCAAGGAGCUAUAUAACCCUUCAGCGUUCAGCUUCCCCGAACACCAGCCAGAGGAGAGGAGCCCAGCCGAGCACUUUCAGGGACCCUGUGUCGCAGCUCCAGCCAAGAUGUGUGAAGAAGAGGACAGCACCGCCCUGGUGUGUGACAAUGGCUCUGGGCUCUGUAAGGCUGGCUUUGCUGGGGACGAUGCUCCCAGGGCUGUUUUCCCGUCCAUUGUGGGACGUCCCAGACAUCAGGGGGUGAUGGUGGGAAUGGGACAAAAAGACAGCUACGUGGGUGAUGAAGCACAAAGCAAAAGAGGAAUCCUGACCCUGAAGUACCCGAUAGAACACGGCAUCAUCACCAACUGGGACGACAUGGAGAAGAUCUGGCACCACUCUUUCUACAAUGAGCUUCGCGUUGCCCCUGAAGAGCAUCCAACCCUGCUCACCGAGGCACCCUUGAACCCCAAAGCCAACCGGGAGAAAAUGACCCAGAUCAUGUUUGAGACUUUCAAUGUCCCAGCCAUGUACGUGGCUAUUCAGGCGGUGCUGUCCCUCUACGCCUCUGGACGUACAACUGGCAUUGUGCUGGACUCUGGAGAUGGUGUUACCCACAAUGUGCCCAUCUAUGAGGGCUAUGCCCUGCCCCAUGCCAUCAUGCGUCUGGACCUGGCUGGCCGAGAUCUCACCGACUACCUCAUGAAGAUCCUGACCGAGCGAGGCUAUUCCUUCGUGACCACAGCUGAGCGUGAGAUUGUCCGGGACAUCAAGGAGAAACUGUGCUAUGUAGCCCUGGACUUUGAAAACGAGAUGGCCACUGCUGCAUCCUCCUCUUCCCUCGAGAAGAGCUACGAGCUGCCUGACGGGCAGGUGAUCACCAUCGGUAACGAGCGGUUCCGCUGCCCAGAGACCCUGUUCCAGCCCUCGUUCAUCGGGAUGGAGUCUGCUGGCAUCCAUGAAACCACCUACAAUAGCAUCAUGAAAUGCGAUAUUGACAUCAGGAAGGACCUCUAUGCUAACAACGUCCUGUCCGGGGGCACCACCAUGUACCCCGGCAUUGCCGACCGCAUGCAGAAGGAGAUCACGGCCCUGGCGCCCAGCACCAUGAAGAUCAAGAUCAUUGCCCCUCCCGAGCGCAAAUACUCUGUCUGGAUUGGCGGCUCCAUCCUGGCCUCUCUGUCCACCUUCCAGCAGAUGUGGAUCAGCAAACAGGAGUACGACGAGGCCGGGCCCUCCAUCGUCCACCGCAAAUGCUUCUAGAACACUUCCCUGCUCUCUGUCUGUAGCACACACUGUGAAUGUUUUGUGGAAUAAUGCCUUCAAUUCUUUUCCAGAUCAUUCCUAGCCAAAGCUCUGACUUGUUACCUAUGUGUUUUUUAAUAAACCUGAAAUAUGUUACCUGUAA